GCUCAUCGAAUAUGUCCAAUCCACUAAAGAUUACUUGGUACCAUCAGUAUGGGGUCCAGCUGGACCAGCUGAUCCGUUUGUGACGAAAAAUAGAGUUUUAUGUGGAGAAUGUAUUAUUUCAUAA